CGAUCAUCAUCCUCGCGCGGACCGCUGAGGUCCAGCAUAUCCCGCCAUCUACCCAACCUGACUCCCAAGUUCCAACUAACCAACCAACAUGCUCUCAGAAGAGUCCGACACCGAAUCCAUCCAUCGGCUCACCAUCAAUGAGCACUUCGCCAAAGCGUAUGAGUACCGCAAGGAGCGCGAGGAGCUCGCGAAGCUGAAGGAAAAGUACGGCUCGGACGUGGACGAUGCCGACGUCGGUGGGGACGAGGACGACUCGGAGGAGGACGAGAGCGAGGACGAGGAUGGGGAGGAGCUUACGCCGGCGGUGGACGCAGCGAUCCUGAGGACGCUGGCGAGAAUCAGGAAGAGAGACCCGGCGAUUUAUGAGAGCGGGAAGGAUAUCUUUGAAGAGGAGCGCCAGAAAACGAACGGCGCAGCGCCAGUAACGCGGGUACAAAGAGACAAGUCGAAACCCUUGACCAUGCGCCAACACGCCCUCGCCUCCGCCCUGAACCCCUCCUCUCGCUCUCCCUCCCCCGAACCGCUCACACACGUCGCCGAACAAGCUGCCCUCCGCAAAGAGACUAUCUCUGCCUUCCACGGCGCCGUCUCUGGAGCAAAAGUAGAAGACGAAGAUGAUGACUUCCUCGUGCCGCGGGAGAAGACGAAAGACGAGGUCGAGAGGGAGGAGGAGGAGUACCGUGAUUUUCUGCAGCGGGAAGUGGGCGAUGACUUGAGGGAGAUUGUCACGCUCGAUGCGGGUGCUGCGACUAACGGUGCAGAAGGAGGUGAGGUCAAAGUAGAGGAGGGCAAGGAGAAGAAGAAGAAAAAGAAAAAGAAGGAGGAUGCGAAGGGUCAUAAGAACAAGGAUGAAGAAGAUCAGGAGUUCCUCAUGAAUUACAUCCUCAACCGCGGCUGGCUCGACCGCUCCGCGCGCCGGCUCCCGACCUACAAAGAGAUCGUUGGCUCGAAGAAAGGCGCGAAGAACAAGGGGAAAGCCAGAGGUGACGGCUCCUCUAGAUCUUCCGCUUCAGAGCAUGAGCAAGACGUCAAGUCCGAAGACGACUUCAGUGCAGGGUCUGGCGGAGAGCCGCUUGACGAGGAAGAGGACGAGUUUGACGAGGUAGCAGAUCGCUUCGAGAGCUCGUACAACUUCCGUUUCGAAGAGCCAGGCGCAGAUGCCAUCCCUCGGUACCCACGAAACAUCGACUCCCUCGUCCGGAGGCAAGACACUGGCCGGAAAGAAGCGCGCGAGAAGCGGAAGGCACGCAAGGAGGAGGAAAUGCUCAAGAAGCGCGAGGAGGUGAAGCGAUUGAAGUCGCUCAAGAUGAAGGAUCUACAGGCGCGGCUCGAGAUGAUCGGCAAAGAGGGCGGGAAGAGCCUCGCUAGCAAAGCACUACAAGAGCUGGACUUGGAGGGAGACUGGGACCCCGAUGCGCACGACCGACAAAUGGCGGAACUCUACGAACGCGAGGCGGAGGCCGAUGCGAUCGUCGACGAUGAGAAGCCGACGUGGGACGACAUUGACAUCACGAACAUCGCGCCCCCAGAUGACGACGAAGACGGCACUCAAGCGUCCUCGAGCAAGAAGAAGAAAAAGAAGAAAAAGAAGGACGAGGGUGUUGCAGAUGAGGGCGGCGUGGACAUCGACGAGAUGGACGCGGCGGUUGACCGCGCGCCCGCGGACGAGGAAGAGUGGGACGGCACGGAAGAGACGCGCAAGCGUGUGCUGGAGAAGUACAUGGACGAGCUCUACGGGCUCGAGUUCAACGACAUGGUCGGCGACAUGCCUACACGUUUCAAGUAUGCCCGUGUCGAGCCGCAGGCGUUCGGCCUCUCGCCCGUGGAGAUCCUCACGGCGACCGACCCGGAGUUGAACCAGUUUAUGGGCAUCAAGAAAUACGCGCCGUACCGCAAGGAGGGCAAGGGCAAGACCUGGGACGGCCAGCGCACCGCACGGCUUAAGGAACUCCGGGAGAAGCUGAAGGAUCGCGGGGUCGAGCUCUCGGAGGGCGGCGCGGGGAGGGAGAGGGAGAGGGCGGAGAAGCCGAAGAAGAGGAAGGGGAAGAAGGAGCGUAUGAAGGAGAAGGCGGCUGCUAUUGGUGCAGGGGUGGGCGAGACGGAUGGCGGUGAAGGGGAUGUGUAUGAAGGUGAGGACGUGGAGCACAGUGCGGGCAGGAAGGCGAAGCGGAGGAAGGUGGAGGAGAGGAGUAGCGAGGUGGGCGACGGGGCGGAUGAACCAGAGAAUGCUGAUGGACAGGAUGCGUCGACCAAGAAAAAGCGGAGGCGGCAUAAAAAGUCACAUCAUGCAGCGGGGUAGAUGGAGAGGCAUAAGUUUGAAUAUUUUUUGUCUAGUGUUCGUUCACUUAGGCUAUCUGCGACCAUAUCACCGCAUGAAUCAAUCAC